AUGAAAAUCAAGUUUUAAUACUCAAAAAUUCUUGAAGCAAUAAAUAAGAACUUAAUCAAACCCAAUAAAAAAGUUGAAAUAAGACUAGAUAGAUUAUCCAUGGAUCCUCAUCAUUAUUGGAUUGCUAUAGGAAAAGGAAUGGAAAGACCUUUUACAGGAGAAUUUUGGGAUGUAAAAUUUAUUAUUAAUGCAAGCAAAAUAAAUAAGGGGUAUACUAAUGUUUUCAUUGCUAAAAUUCUUUAUUUGAAAGUGAUACCAAAUAUUAAGCAUAAACAGGUUAUGCAUCAUUUUAUUAGCAUUACAAAAAUAGUGUGAAAAUUAUUGAAACAAAAGAAAAAUAUGUAAUUUUAUAACAAUAAAGAGGUACUCAGCUAUUUAGUGUAUGAAUUGUUAAUCUUAUAUUGGAUAAAUAUCAAAAGACGGACCACCACCAACAUUUUUAAGAUAUUCAAUUAAUUCUGGUGCUUUGAGAUUUUAUCAACCAAAAAAAAAUUAGGUAAAUCAAAAAUAAUCAUAAUAAUAAUGAUAAUUGAG